AUGGACGAUGGAAUGGUCUUGAAGAAACGAGGCUACACCUUGGGUGUCAACCUAGGAGAGGGGUCAUACGCCAAAGUCAAGUCUGCGUACUCAGAACGCCUGAAGACUAACGUGGCCGUAAAGAUCAUUGAUAGGAAAAAGGCACCUGCUGACUUUCUGGAGAAAUUCCUACCCCGCGAGCUGGAGAUCCUGGCCAUGCUUAACCACCGCUACAUCGUCAAAACCUUUGAAAUUUUUGAGACUUCUGACGGGAAGGUUUACAUUAUCAUGGAGCUGGGUGUGCAGGGAGACUUGUUGGAGUUCAUCAAAACCAGGGGCUCCCUGCCGGACGAGGUGUCACGGAAGAUGUUCCGGCAGCUGGCUCUAGCCAUCAAGCAUUGUCACGAACUGGGUGUGGUCCACCGGGACCUCAAGUGUGAGAACCUCCUCCUAGAUAAGGACUUCAAUAUCAAACUCUCUGACUUCGGCUUCGCCAAGCGGUGCAGUAUUGAUGACCAAGGGAGACCCCUGCUCAGUAAAACCUUCUGCGGCUCUGCAGCGUAUGCAGCUCCUGAGGUUCUACAAGGGAUCCCUUACCAGCCCAAAGUGUAUGAUGUCUGGAGCCUUGGGGUGAUCCUUUUCAUCAUGGUGUGUGGAUCAAUGCCGUACGAUGACUCCAAUAUCAAAAGGAUGCUCAGGAUACAGAAGGAACACAGAGUAGAUUUCCCUCGAUCGAAGGUGGUGCCUCCUGAAUGCAAAGAGCUGAUCUACCGCAUGCUCCACCCGGACACCAGUAAGCGUCUCACCAUUGAAGAGGUGUUGGAGCAUCCCUGGCUCAUCACCAGCAAGAUGAAAGACUCUUCUGCGCCCAAAAAAUCGGAGGCGACCUCGGAGAAGCAUGGGCACAAGAAGGAGGAGAAGCACAAUGGGAAAAGCGAGCAAAAGCACGACCAGAAGUACCAGUGGGAGCUCGAAACGGGGCACGAAUGGGUUGACACGAAGCACGAGGCAAAGCAUGAGUGGAUGAACAUGAAGCGAGACAGGGCAGAGAGCAAGCAGGAGGAGCGAGCUCAGGAGGAGCGAGCUCAGGCCGAGCUCGAAGCCCACCGCACAAACAGGGCUGAAGAAGGGGAGCUGAAAUCAGAGUACAAGGAAGGGACCAAGACCGGGUUGAAGCAGGACAAGUCCAGAACAGAAAGCGUGAUUAGUGGCAAACUAGUGGACGCCAGAGUGGAGCCGAAAAGCAGCCGCCGCAAAUCUCGGAGCUUGAGAGCAAGCAACGAGGAUCAGCCCGAUGACAGCGAAGUUUACCCUGACCAGGAGAGCCUGAUUGAUGCACAGAGCAAAGCCGAGCUGAAAAAAGUUAGUUCCAAAAAGUCAAAAUCUGUGGAAAAGAAGGGCAAACAUUCAAGCAAAUCCCGUGCCUAG